CUCCAUUUUCUUUUCCCUUGCUCUUUCAAAGUCUCAAGUCUUUUGUUUCUGUGUUCAGUUGAUGAUGACAUAAGAUGACUGACGUUAUGGAUGUGAUGUCUCUUCAUCGAGAUCAAUUGAUCUCUAGGUUCUUCUUUUUGAUAGUCAUCGACUACGAUUAAAGGGUCUUCACCUUCUUCAUCUGUACGUAAGUUACCCUUAUUACUUCAGACAACUGAUAUGGAGUCUUCAUGGACUGGUAACGCAUCUCUUGGACUCCGGUUAGGUAUUGGGCCUCUGGAGCUCCUAAAUGAAGCUACGAUUGUACCAAAAGAGAAGCAAACAAGUCCAAUUUCAGUAAAAGAAGAGACUGAACUACUGGAAUCGAGAUUAGCCCACAUGAGCGAGGAGAACAAGAGGCUGAACGAUGCCCUCAGCGCGAUGUACAUGAAUUAUGAAGGACUGAGGAACAAGUUAUUCGAUCUCAUGAGUCCUUCCCCUACCGGAAAAGGAUUAACAUCACCAACAACAAAGAGAAAGGGCCAAAGUUUUGAGCAAAGUAGUCUUGAGUAUCCGAUGAAGAGAUUGAGAGAGGGUAGAAAUGGCAAUAUCUCGAAGAUUUAUGUGCAUACCGAUCAAUUUGACAAGAGCAUGGUUCAAAGAAGUGCGGAAGAUAGUUCAAUUUUGAUAGCAACAUAUGAAGGAGAGCACAACCAUUCAUUAGGUUCUCCUAAAGAAGAAACACAUACUGGUUUGAGUCAAUGUGGGUCAGUGUCAACCAAUACUUCAAAGCCUACCAUCACUCUUAAUCUUACGCAAUCAGAGAUAGACUUGAAGAAAUUUCAACAGUUUGUUGCGGAGAAAUUAGCGUCGUCCCUGACAAAAGAACCAAGUUUCAUGGCGAUGAUAACAACUGUGAUUUCUGAACAACUUCACUAAUUCACCAUCAAAGGAGCCGUGCACUUGUGUAAAUAGUGCUUCUGUACAUAGGAUGUCCUGCAGUAUUCAGUUAGGCCUUUUGAGUUGGUUUUUGAAGGAUCAUUGACAUGAUGGUUCUUGAAAAGAAAAUAUUUAUAAUGUCUGAAGGUAUUAUUAAGUCCUAUAGAACUGGAAAGAUGGUGAAUUAGUUUGAGUACUUCUUUUAAUGCAAACUUGUGAGUACGUGUUAUGGCUUUCAAAUGCUUUGAAAAAUAUUUGAAGGUAACCAUACAUCCCAGAAAUGAUACUCGCAACUUUUU